AUGAAUGCAACUACGCCGGUUGCUUCUCACCCUUGGGCGGUUAUUGGGGAUUUCAACCAAAUCCUAAGAACUUCUCAACACUCGGAUAAUGAUAUAAGAGAUGUUGAUACAUCAGGGAUUAAUGACUUUAAUCUAGCUCUACAAGAUGCCGAACUUUUUGAAGCUCAAGCUAAGGGUCUUUCAUUCACUUGGUGGAACAAUCAGGAUGAUGAUCCUAUCUCAAAGAAGAUCGACCAUGCUCUUAUCAACCAGUUCUGGUCUGCUAGUUUUCCUGAAUCCUAUGCAGAAUAUAUGGAGCCGUUGCAGUCAGAUCAUGCUGCUUGCCUAGUUAAGGUACCAUCUCUCCAGCGUUCUCUCUGUAAACCAUUUAAGUUCUUUCACCAUGUGGUGGAUCAUCCAGAAUAUGCAGAAUCAGUGAGUCAAGCUUGGAAACCGCAAGAUAUUCAAGGCACUAGUCAAUUCAAAUUGGCAAGAUCUUUAAAGCUUCUCAAGCCUGUUUUAAGGCGGCUGAACAAGCGUCAUUACAGUGGCAUAUCUGUCAGAGUGAAGACUCAAGAGGCAAAAAUUGCAAGGUUACAACGGCUGAUUCUCUCUAACCCAGGACCACACUUAGCAAGAGAAGAGCAUCAGGCUAGAGAGGUAUGGCAAACGCUAUUAACGGCGGAGGAAAAGUUCUACUGUCAGAAAUCUCGUGUUAGAUGGGCUCACUAG